UUUUAAACGCACCAAUCUUGUUUUCCAGGAAGACGAGGAGUAACUGGAAAAUGUGUGAUAGCUCCCUGGAAAGGAAAUGUAAAAUAACGUGGGAAACAUACAGUUUCACUUUUAUCCUCUUGGGGUUUAAUGUCGCUGCAAAACCUGCUACUUUCCAGGGUGUUUUUUUGUUUUGUUUUAAAAACGGAAAGUUAGCUGCUAGCUUAAGAAAGACCUACCAACCUAGCUUGAAUUGUUUUGUUUUGGUCAAAGUCAAUAAACGCCUUCUGGAAACACGGUGAUGGGUAUGGACACUAGACUAGAAUGCAUCUUUUUUAGUGAAUUUCAUCCUACUUUGGGUCCCAAAAUAACAUACCAGGUCCCGGAAGAAUACAUUUCAAGGGAGCUGUUUGACACAGUUCAGGUUUAUAUUAUUACCAAACCAGAGCUGCAGAACAAAUUAAUAACAGUCACUGCCAUGGGCAAGAAGUUAAUCGGGUGUCCGGUGUGCAUUGAACACAAGAAGUACAGCCGCAACGCCCUCCUGUUUAACCUUGGCUUUGUUUGUGAUGCGCAAGCUAACACUUGUGUCCUGGAGCCAAUUGUCAAGAAGCUCUCAGGUUAUCUCACCACUUUAGAGCUGGAGAGUGGCUUCAUCUCCAAUGAGGAGAGCAAACAGAAACUUCUGCCUAUCAUGUCCACCUUGUUGGAAGAGCUCAACGCCACAGGAGCGUGCACCUUACCCAUAGAUGAAUCCAACACCAUCCACCUGAAGCUGAUCCCGCUGCGAAAGGACCCACUGGUCGUCCAGGAGUAUGACGUGCCGGUUUUCACCCAGAGCAAAGACAACUUUAUUAAAUCUCAGUGGGAUCUCACCACUCAGCAGAUCCUGCCCUACAUUGACGGGUUUCGGCAUGUCCAGAAGAUCUCAGCCGAAGCAGAUGUGGAGUUGAAUAUCGUUCGUAUUGCCGUGCAGAAUCUCCUGUAUUAUGAUUUGGUGACUUUGGUGUCCAUAUUCCAGUACUCCAAUGUUUACUGCACCACCCCCAAAGUCCAGAGCCUGAUAGACGACAAGCUCAUCCAGGAGGACUGUCUCACCUACGUCACCAAGCAAGGCCAAAAGCGUCCAAGUCUGAGAGACGUGUUCCAGUUGUACUGUGGACUGAGUCCGGGAACCACGGUGCGAGACCUUUGUUCCCGCUACUCGCAGCAGCUGCAGAGAGUUGACGAGAGGAGGCUGAUUCAAUUUGGCCUGAUGAAGUCUCUCAUUCGGCGGCUGCAGAAGUAUCCGGUCAAGGUGAUGCGCGACGAGAAGAGCAGGCCGCCUCGCCUUUACACGGGUUGUCACAGUUAUGAUGAGAUCUGCUGCAAGACAGGGAUCAGCUACAAGGAGCUGGAUGAACGUUUGGAAAAUGAUCCCAACAUCGUGGUGUGCUGGAAGUGACGUCGCGUGCAGUUAAAACGGCUUGAUUGACACAUGAAGACAUGUAUGUGGUCGUCAAAACAGAUAACUUUCUGGAACUCAAGACUCACAUGGUAACUUUUUUUAAUUUACAUUUAAGUAUAGUUUGUGCACACCUGGAGGUACAAAGGACUCAAAUUAUUAUUAUUCAAAUUAUUAUCAAUUAUUAGUCCUAGUGAACCUGUUGAUUUGUCCUUAUCAAAUAUCAUAACAUUAGUACUACCACAUCACUACUACCAGGAGAACCAGAGUGGACGGAGCCACCUGCUGUGGCCCAGCAAGGUGCACUAUAUUGGGACACAUGCUCCGAGCAUCCGGUGUGAUGCCAUGGAGGUCUCGGGCAAACCUUUUGCACUUUUCAAACGUCAAACGAUGCUGGCGUUUCAGGUGGCUGAUAAGGUUUUUUUGCGUGCUCGAUGUUUGGUUUGCCCCCCC